AUGGUUGAAUGGGCAACAGAUGUGUCAUGGACCAUUGCUUUAGCAAUAUUAGCUAGCCCUGCAGCACUGGAUCAGCUCUCUGUGACCUGUGAAAAGAGUAUUUGUGCUGCGAAGGGGUCAGAAGUGACACUGAGCUGCUCUUACUUCAACAUCGAAAUCAAAACUGGGUUCUGGUUCAGCGUGAAACAAAGUACAAACUGGAGAAAAAAUUACGAACCUGAAGAUUUGACUUUAGACUCAGACUACUCAGGACGGGGGAAACAGACAGUCACAAACUACCAUUCAACACUCACAAUAUCAGACGUGAGAGAGAGAGACUCUGGAGAAUAUCAGCUCAUGUUCAUCAUGAAGGAUGGAGUUAAACAUCUCAGCUCAGCAGCCGUCAAUCUAACAGUCACAGUCCUGCAGGUGAAGAUGAAUCCUGUAUAUACAGACACGAUAGAUGAGAGAGUAAAACUGACUUGUGCCUCUUCCUGCACCUCUGGAGUUUCUUACCACUGGCUGAAGAACGGUCAGGAUUUAGAUACAGAGUCCCGCGAUAUAAUUGUGUCAAUCAGCCCAAAUGCUGUCAAAUUUUCCUGUUUUUUUCAUCCAGACCGAACAAAUGCCUCCUCUUAUCUGUGUGUUUCUCCAAACGGCUGCUGGGAUGUGACUUACUCCUCUAGAAGAGUCUGUGCUUUGGUUGGCUCAACUGUAGACAUUUCCUGCUCAUACUUACAUCCCUCUAGUGAUACUGUAAAUAAAACAUUCUGGCAUUACGGUCGGCCUGACGUAAAGGAUCUGCUUGAGGAGCAUCAGUUUGCUGGUCGUGUGGAGUAUGUGGGGAACAAACUGAGAAUCAAAGAGCUCAAGAGCAGCGACUCUGGAGAAUAUCGAUUCAAGUUCAUCACUGACUCAGACCAAUACUCAGGAUCACCUGGAGUCACUCUUACUGUUACAGGUAACCGAUAA